AUGACGAAACCAACCCUCGCUGCAGUCUUCGUUCCUUUGCUAGUCCUUGUGGCUUUUUCUGUCGGGAUAGAUGCCUCCAAGAACCUACGAGGAAAUGGACGAGAGCUUCAGCUUCUAACCACCGUCAUGAACACUCUCAUUCAAGAGUUCACCCCCUUUCUCGUGGGCAGGAUGCAGCGGACUUUGAACGCACACGAUCCGGCUUUUUUGGGCAGUGCCCGGACUUUCGACUUUGGAGACUUGCCGUCUGAUUCACCCUGCCCCGACAGCACGGCAUCCAUUUCUUAUGGCGCAUGGUCACUCUCUGGCUUUAGUGACAUGGCAAUCGAUCGCAUUGAGCUAGUAGAAGGAACUCAGGACAUUGAUGUUUCCUUCUUUGGAUUGAAUGGAGCAACGUGGGCCGGAGACUGGCAGUUUGAUGUAAACUUUGCCAAUAUCAAGGCAGAGACCACUGUGUCUAUAAAGUCCACACUUUGUGGGCUUCCAGUGGAGCAAAAUGUGCAGGCAGUUGCAUCCAUCAGUAGCCCGUCCAUUGGGGCAACCAUUGCCAUGGCUGGUGAUACCGGCAAUAUGGUUCAGUUCUCGCAGUCCAGCCGAUUGACGUCCAUUGGAGUUAGAGAGGCCUUAUUGGAACUCGGGCCCAUUGAUACUAACUUUGAAUCGAACGGAACUGUUUCCCAGUUUGAUGUGGACGGCCAGAUUGCAGAUACGUUGUUGAAUGAGUUGGCCCAAAAUGUGACACCUUUUCUCCUUGAUGUUGUCAACAGUGUUUUGGAAUCACAGACUCCGCUUGUGCUUUAG